GUUGGCGACACUGCUUCAUUCUUUCGGCAUGUUUUAAAAGCAGCUGGUUAGAGGCAAACUUUUGAAAUAGUUUUAAUUUUAAAAUUUUUAAUUAUUUUCAAAAUGCAGCGCGCGUGGUUAGUAGUAGAUAAGUGCGCAAAGUAGUGUGCUUUUAGUAUUUGUAUCACCCCAAAUAUUUACGUAAUUUCUGAAUUAUCUUUUCCAUAAUUCACGUGUAUUACUUGUUUAUGUACCAAAAUUAAAAACAAGUUUUACUAAAGAAUGAAAUUUUGUUAUUAAAUAAUUAAAACUGUAUUAACAAGAUGGAUUUGAAACCCAAAGAUGAAAAAAAACUUUACCUGGCUUCCUUCGUUGGCGGAGGGGUGGCAGGGUUGUUUGUGGAUAUGGUGUUAUUUCCUCUAGAUACUUUAAAAACAAGAUUACAAGCACAGCAGGGUUUUGCAAAAGCAGGAGGCUUCAAGGGAAUUUAUAAGGGUAUUGGACCACAAGCUAUUGGAAGUGCCCCUCAAGCUGCCCUUUUCUUCCUCACAUAUGAAACUAUUAAACAUUAUUCAGAAGGGGUGGUACCAAGCUACGCGGCACCCGCAGUACACAUGUUUGGAGGGGGUGUUGCUGAAGUGGCAGCAUGUUUAGUGAGAGUACCAAUGGAAGUCGUGAAGCAGAGGAGACAGACUCAAUCAGGAAAUAAAUCCUCUUUAAAAAUUGCCUUGUCAGCAUAUAAACACGAGGGUUUGAGGGGUUUAUAUAGAGGUUUUUGCUCAACAAUAUUGAGAGAAAUACCAUUCUCAGUUAUACAGUUUCCAAUACUGGAGUAUUUGAAGAAAAGUUAUAGGAAAAAUUUUAAAAAUAACAUACAUCUCGACUCUUGGGAAGUUGCAGUAUGUGGAUCGAUAGCAGGUGGUGUUUCAGCUGCCGUAACAACUCCAUUAGAUGUAGCAAAAACUAGAAUUAUGUUGGCUGAUAGAAAGCAGGUCAGGGCAGGAGAAAUGACAGUUGCAAAUACGCUAAAGCAAAUUUAUCGCACCGAAGGCGUUAAAGGGUUAUUUUCCGGCUUUGUUCCCAGGGUUACGUGGAUCACUUUAGGGGGUUGUAUUUUCUUCGGUAGUUACGAUUUUGCAAAAGGUACAUGCUUGCAACUUAUAGAUAAAGACAUCGAAUAUUAAAGAAUGUAUUUGUUCAGUAAAGAAUAAUCAAUUGUUCAAGAGCGUGUUAAAAACAGUUCAGUUAAAACAGUAUUUUUAGAUUUUUAAAUAAUUAAAUGAGUAUAUACGUUUUUUUUCUGCGAAUUUGGUUGCAUGUCAUUGAAUAGAUGUUUGGUUUUAUUUUGACUGUUCAGCUUCGUCAAAUUUUCUGAGUUGCAGGGAAUGCAGGGAAAUUUCAAACGAGAAAACUUAAACUUAUUUCCACUCUUCAACAUGAACAUGAUUGAAAAAUAAUUUUAUAAUCCAGAAUUAUACUAUCAUGCUCAAAAGAUGCAUCCACAAAAAAUUAAGGCAUUUGAAAUGUGGAUUUAUAUGAUACUCGAGAUUCCUUGAAAUUAUCAUAUAUUAAAAGAAGAAGAAUUAAGAAAACUAAAUAAAGAUAAGAGAGUCUUAGAAGCAGUUCAAGAACGCAAGCUUGAGUAUCUAGGCUACGUAGUACAAAGUGAGAACAAGUAUGAAGUGUUAAAAUAUUCCAAUGAAAAAUUUCAAAGUAAAGGGAGUCCUGGAAGAAGAAUAUCCUAACUAAAGAUCCUGAGGUAAUUUCAAACCAAUACUACCGAGCUUUUUCACGCAGUUGCCAAUGAAAUACGGUGGUCGCCAAUUUUGAGUAAUGAAUUUGCAGUAACGGAAGAAGAUAUUUCUAAUCUCGAUUUCAACAAAAACCUGGCAAUGAGAUAAAUAUAUGGUAGAUUUCGCAACAAUAUAGGGUGUCCCGGAAAAUAGUGCGUUCCUUCAAGGUACGGGCUAAGUGCACCAUUUAGAGCAAAAAAGUCUGAUAAAAUGUUUUUGUAAAGUCAACCGUUUUCAAAAAAAUAAUUUAUUAAUUUUAAUGCAUUUGAUUAAUGUCCACAGAAAUGCAAAUACAGCCGGCAACGCUGCGUUCCUUCUUCUGUGUAAAAAUAAUUUUACGGGAACUCAACUAUCAUGAAUCAUCGACAUUAGGCAUAAUAUUAUGUAUUGAUAAAAUACUGAUAACAGUGAUAGAAAAACAGCAUAAUAUUUGUGUUUAUUAAAUAUCUAAUAAAUACGGUUUGUAUAGUGUUUUAACUUACAUGAAAAAUUUUUAUUACAAUCAACUCAAUCAAGCUACGUCUUCAAGAAGUAUCUAUCGAUAUAACAUGUUGCAAAAAAUUUAAGUAUUACAUUUCUCCAUUCAAUCUUCUGGGAAGUUCGAGUGGUUCAAUCAGAUGAUUACUAAUAAUACCAGCCCAUACAUUAAUAUUAAUACUUUUGGCAUUAUUAAAGUAAAACACACACACACCAUUUCUCGUAAAACAAGUUUUAUCUGCACACAACACUUUACACAUUUUGUUUUGAAACCAUCUAAAAAUCCUUAAACUUCGAGGUAAAUCGCCUUGGUGUACCUAAAUCUUGCACUAAUUAUACACUGUAUGUAUUACGUAAUUAACAUGAUACUUGCGAUCGAAAUCAUGACAAUACCACAAUACGAUGUAUUCUCGGGUUACAGGUAAUUAUGAUAUUACGACUGUUUGUGUUUACAAUUUUAAACAUAUUCGCUGUCAAAAUAAAUAAAACUGCCGGGUUGCCAAAUGUAAAAUUUGAUAAGACAUUAUUUUAUUUUUUUGAGGCAACAGAUGACUUUAGAAAAAAAAUGUAUAAGAAAGUUUUCUUUUAAAUGGUACAUUCUACCCACACCUUUAAGGAACGCACUAUUUUCCGGGACACCCUGUAUAAUCAUACCGAGAUCACAAACGUCUAGAUUUCUAAUGGUCGGUUGUAGAACACAAGACGAUGGUCUGUGUUUGAGGCACCCUACAUGAACGAGGCCGCUUUGCUCCGAAUCGGAAGACAUAUGGGGGUAGUUCUUUGGAUAAUCUUAUUAGCACAUGAACAGAAAUAAAAUUAGAGGACUAGAAAAAAAUAUAAGACCAUAGCUACUACGGCUAAACCAGAAAUACUUAAUAAAUAAAACAAAGAAAAGAAGUUAAAAACAAUUUGUCACAAAGGGCGCCACUUUAUCUUCAAGAGACAAAGAAAACUCUUAAAACCAAAAUACAUAUCUAGCCAAAUAACAAGAAACAAUAACACUUACCUCUAUGUUCGUUCAGCAAACCUGUUGGCAGUUACCUUUGUCUUUCCAAGAGAAAAGAAGAUUGUCGGAGAAAUAAAAAAUGCAAUAUUGUUACAUUCUAGUUAUAUUUAUUAAUAGCUGAAUCAUCAAUUUGUUACUUACAAUCUUCAUGCAAAUUUAAUAGAGCAAUAAAAAGGCAACAUUUUUUUUUAUUUCGAGAGUAUCAUACAAAAAUAUCAAAAAUAUCCGAGAUGGACUGUCGGAUUUUUCGCAAAACUAACAUAAAACACUGAUAAGUUUUUAUUAUUGAUAAAAAACUGGGAAUUCCUCAAUAGAAAAUUUCAGCUUCCAUUGUUUCAUCAAAAGAAAAACGAAUUAAAAAAAUAAUAUAUCUUAUAGUUUGCCCUGCUUUCACCAAGAACUUCAUAGAUUGCAAAAACACUUUUACCGACAUACUGCAAGUAGAUCUCUGACGAAGAAUAACUUGCAGGCAAAUAUUUGAUUACCUCAUAUUAUUUCAUUAUUGACUGCAUACUAUCAUCAAAUAACACUACUGCCAAAGAUACUUUGUUUAGCGAGAAUUUCCGAUACAAACAACUGAUUUUAUUUUGCUCAUUCCAAUCUACGUGUUAAGACAAAGUUAAAGAACAGGGAUAUUAUUUUGUGUAAACAAACAAGUGAAUGUUUAUUCUAAUCCAAGAGAACUAAAAUGUUUUCUUAGGAUAUGUUUUAAAGGCAAAUGAUAAUCUUAUACAGGAUCGCAUAAAAGUUACUGCUUUCUGAAUUAAAUGGAAUUAAAAAAAAGAUUUUUGAAUCGUUACUCGGUUUAGUUAAUGAAGUUAUGACGCUUUAGUUAAUGACGACAUAAUUAUGGUAUUAAUGACUUGUAGCAGAAUUUGUAGGAAAAAAAGAAUAUUUCGAUCUUACGUUUAUCCAUUUUUUUAAUAGGAACUGUUUUAUCAACGCAAUGGCAUGAUGUAUAAAUCUAACUGUAUACCAACUUGCAUUUUGUGUUUUUAUGUAGAUUGUUUUAUUCUAGUAAUUUCUAUAAUUAUUGUUGUCAUUUUAAAUAAAAUUUGCAUAUUUAUUCUAACAUGUAAUACAGUCGAACCCGCUUAUUAGAAUACAAGUUUAAAGAAUAUCCCGCUUUAAGGAAUAGAAACUUGAGGUCCCGGAACGUGUUUACUGGACACCAAUGAUCGGUUAUUAGAAUAUCUCGGUUAUAGGAAUACUUUUGCUGGGCACGAAGGCUAUUCCAAUAAGCGGGUUCGACUGUAGUUUAAUGGAAUGAUUGAAAUAUGUAUUAUACAUAUAAUAAUAUAGGACCAACAGAAACUGUAAGACAUUGUGCUUUGUUACAUUUAAUUAUUUAAUGUCCUUUUUGUGAUAUUUGUUAUUCACUUCACUCAGCAAUCGUUUUAGUUUACUUAUUUGGUCCAAUUAAUUUGUGUUCUUCUAGUGUACUAGAAUAUAUAUUAUUACGUCUUUAUCCUAAGUUGUAUCCGGUAAGACCAUUAAAAUAUUACGUUUAAUCUACUUUGUUGUAUGGGAUGAAAAGCUGGACAUUAAAGGUAGAACAGAUAAAGAAGGUAGAAGCGUUUGAGAUGUGGUGAUGUAGAUGAAUGCUCAAAAUACCGUGGAUUCCGAGUUACUAAUGCCGAAGUGCUGAAAUUAUCAAAAACGGAGUGUGAAGUCAUUAAAACAACUAAAUUGAGAAAACCGGAAUACCUGGGUCAUAUUACUAGAGGCUAGAAAGAUGAAAUACCAAGACUUAUCAUGCAAGGAAAGAUCAAAAGUAAAAGAAACGUUUGCCGAAGGAAAGCUUCUUGCUGAGAAACCUUUGAGAAUGGUAUAAUUUCUGCUCAGUAGACCUCUUCGGAGCAGCUGCAAAUAAAGUACGGCUAGCUAUAAUGAUAACCAACCUCCAUUAAAGUCAAUAACCACAAAGUAAUUUUAACUAUACAUCUGUUAUAUGCUACUCAGACGAUAGACUAACGCUCACCACUGUUUUCUUAUCUCUAAAGUGGAUCCUUUUAAUAUCUGCUUGACGAAGCUUCGCCAUAAUUGACGUUUGCUGCAUUUCAUUGCUUCUGCGUGAAAGUGCGCGUAUUGUAAAUAUGUUAUGAAUUUCUGAAUGUCGCCACUAGUCUCAUUGCCAUUUGAUUUAGAGUAUAAUAUAUUUUGAAUUCAUUUCCAUUUGAUUUAGAGUAUCAUAUAUUUUGAAUUUCUCAGUAUCGACACCAGUCUCGAUGUUUGGAGUCAUGUGUGAUCACCACAAAGCAUAGUGAUGUUGAUUAUAGUUACUUUCUAGUAUCCAUUACAAAUCGUUACUUUUGUAUAAAGUAAUCACUUACAGUCUUCGUUACUUUGAUUACUUUUGCAUUGGAGUACCGGUAAUCAUAUCGAGAAUCGCAUUUCUCAGUAUUUCGUAUAUCUAAGUAUAAGAUCCGAUAUAACAACAACCUUCACCGAUCUAUUUAAUGGAUAGAAAUUAAAUGAUAUGUAAUCUAUUAUAUUAAAAAUUAUUAAAAACAAGGGGUGCUAAUUGAUCUAAUUGAUCAUUAAAAAUGAAUUUUUUUUAUAAAUUCUAAUUUUUUUCCCCGGGCAGAUAUUAUUUUAGAUUUUUGGAUCAUAACAAUAAAAUACACAUAGACCAAGGCAUUUAGGAAAAAAUAAAUGAUUUUUAGGUAAAUGGUGAAACAGGAAAAAAUUUUCCAUAGAAAAAUGGGUGGAAAUGCAUAAUUGCAGUAUAAAAUGCAUCAAAAAGUACAUAAACAUGUCAAAAUCAGUAUAUUAAGGGUCAGAUUUUGUUAUUCGGGGGUUUUUGGAAUCAUUGAACAUAACUACACAAUCAGAACCAACCUCCGAAGCACGUGCUGCGCAGGGUUACUGCUAAGGUACGUCAUCUAUAGUUUCGAGAGUCAAAUAUCCCGAAAUAAGAAAAUCUGGCUGAUGUAUCUGCCAUACUGAUUUUAACAUGUUUAUACAUUUUUCGAUGCGUUUUAUACACUUUAACAUGUAAUAAUGCAUUUCCGCCCAUUGUCCUAUUGUAGACUUUUUUCCAGACGUCAUCCUAAUCCUAAAUAAAAUGCAAAAAGUUGGAAGUCUCCAUGUAUGUACCUAAUAUUUAAAAUAGAUUUAUUUCUGUGUUUUUAGUGUUAAAUGUCCUGGUCUAUUAAAAACAAUGCCAUACCUACAUGUAAAAUUAAAGUUGAUGAUCAUAGUCUAGAAAUAUUAUCAUUUCUACAUUUUUUCCGGUCAAUCUAAUCUACUUUUUUUUCUAGACCUGAUAAGAAUAGUGUGUAUUUAUUAUUAAAAUCUAAUGUGUUGCAUUUUAUUUUCAAAGGAACGAACAUCUGUGAAAUCCUGUGAAUUAUAUACCUCGGCAAAUCGUAUAGACAUCUGUUUCUGGGUUCAUGCUUUUUAAAUGAUAUACCUCUCUCUGUUUCAACUACUUCUCAGCGCCCUGCAAAAAUCCUGUAAAACUCUUCAUAGCCCUUCAUAGAUAAAAUUUUAGUUAACUGUACUUGAUACCGAACACUCGUGGAAUACCGGUCCGACUCCGAUAUCAACUGAUUGUAGAUACAAUAUUCAAAUAGGUACUCGGUCUGAUACGAUUGAUACGAAGUAAUCAGAGUAAUCAAAGUAACGACUUGCCUCUCUGUAUAGUAAUCGUUACUUUCGGUAUUCGUAAGUAACGAGUACUUUGUAACGAAUAGAUACUUUUUCAACAUCACUACAAAGCAGUUGUUUUACUUAUCUAGUUGUUAUUUCGUUUUGUCUUUUCCACUUUGUUUUAUUCUUUCCUGUUUUAUCAAUUAAUGAAAACCAUCAAACCAUUCUUAGUUUUAACUUUUAGCAUCUACCUUUAACCGUUUUUUUUUUAAUUAAAAAACCAUCUUUUAUUUUUAUGUUGGAAACAAAAUUUCUAAACGAAUUAUAACGAAUCUAAAGGAAGGAUCCAAUUUUGUAAGUAGAUGAACAUCGCUUAAAAAUUUACAAGCACAUAUGAACGGAUUCUAAAUGUCCUUAGUACCAUAGCCAGUUACAUCGUCGAGUUUAAUUUUUUUAUUAUUAUACCCUGUUUUUAAACUAGGAGGAGUGAGGAAUAGACUCAAAAGACAGAUUCAAACGCAAAAAUGUCACUAUAAAAAUCACCAGAGUCAUCUUCUUUUUUGGCUGAUCAUGUUGGCCUUAUGGAUCAUGUUGGCCAUUAUGUUAUACUAAUACGUCGCUAAAGAGUUCUAAAAACAACUGUUUUCUGUAUAAGUGCAGACUAAAAAUCUAAAAAUUAAAGGAAUAACGCAGAAAACACAAAAAAUCGCUGAUGAACUUAAUUAACCUAUAAAUUUUAAAUGCCGAUAGUUUAAAAAUUUCAUAAAUGUCAAUAGUGUCAAAAUUUCAUAUUUUAGGUCUAAACUUUUUUGCGGUUGAACUCACUAACAAGCAUUACUGCGCGGUAAAUUUGAAUUACUCCUCCUAGUUUAAAAACGACGUAUAGAUUUAUAUGAAGUGAUUCUUUUAUCGUGAUACCUGAAUUAUGAAAAUUAUCCGCAAAUUUUGCCCUAAUAAUUUUUUACUUGUAUUCUUUUUCUCAUAGGCAUCUUUCAGAGCGUUACAGUUUUUCGAUUUCUUUCUAACGCAUUAAAUUGUAUGUGACAGAAAAAAGGCACGUCCGUGAUUACAGACAUUUAUAACAUUUAUUCUAGUUGUCGAUAGAUGGUGCUAUAAUCGAAAAAUAGCUAUUUGUAUAACAAGGGAGGAAAGUGCUACUUUUCCUCCCGAGAAUGAAGUUUACUGCCCGACGCGUAGCGGAGGGCAGUAAUCAUUCAAGGGAGGAAAAGGCACUUUACAGGGAUACUAUACAAUACAUAUGGUUUUUCCACUUUCCUCAAAUAACAAGUCAUUUUUUCAUUUUUACUCAAUUUAUUUAUGUAAACCAUAAUGUAUAACCAACAAAAUCUAUUAGAACUAAAACUAACAAGCAGGUACAAUAUAACUGUCAACUGUCAAAUAUAAGUCAAAUUAUUAAUGUAAACAUUGUUAAAUCAAAAUAACAAUUUACUUUUUUUUACCAUUCUGCAAACUACGGGGUGUUUUAUAAAUAAACGUUAAAAUGUAUAGAUACUUACGUAAUAUAAAAUAGAUAUUGUACAGGGCGUCAAUAAGUUAUAUUUCAUGAAUGAAAUACCAUGACGUCACUUUUACUUUUCCUCCCUAGGGGGGAAAAGUACAACUUUGCUCCCUACAAUCAGGUCCGGAAAAGUAUACUUUCGGUAGAGGUAGGUGGAAAAAAUUAUUUACGAAUUAUAUAAUAUAUCUACGAAUAUAAUCUGUACAAUUUAUACGACUCUACAAAUCAAAGAAAAUACCAUUUUAUAAAUGCAAUAAACACAAUUGAUUUGUUUUUAUGCCAAAUUGCAAAUAAAAUGUGACAACUGUCAGAUUUAACCAAAAUAUCAUGUUAGAGUAAAUGUUAUAAAUGUGUAUUAUCACGGACUUACCUUUUUCUCUAUCAUUUGUGUCGCACUGAAAAAUGUCCAUGAAAAGGACCGUAGUAGAAUUUUGAUCCAAAUUCCAAAAAACUCGAUCAACUUUGAAACCACUGUAUAUACAAAAACAUUCCAUUAAUACAAAUUUUUAGAUUAAUAGCAUGGCACGUAAUGUGGUAGUGAAAAAAUAAUGUAUUAGUUAUCAAAAUAUUUUUUUUUGCAUUCCUAGUGAAACUUUUUGACUGUGAAGACUUUUAUCAAUAGCAUCGAAUUCUACCGAUGUUUUCUUUCUGGAUGAUCAAGAUUUAAUAAAAUGAAUUAGCAUCUUGCCGAAUUCUUGGUAAAUUGAAUAUUCUUGAUGGAUUUUGAGGAGUAUAACAAAAAAUACCUCGUAGUAUCUGCUUACCAACGUACUGUGAUUCAAACUUUUUACGAUUUUACUCUUUAUUAGUAAAUUGUUAUACCAAAUAAAUGUUUUUUGAGAUUGUU